UAUCUUCCCUACUUUUAUUGUAUUUGUUUGCUUCCUAAAUUCUUAUUCUUGAAUUUGCUUUUCUUGAACAACCUUGUUCUUGUUUUUUUCUUGAUUAUCAUGGAUAACCAUCACCAUCUUCACUCUUUCCCUUGUUUGGAUUGCCAACCUCACACCUACAUUAGAAUGGUUCAGAAUAUGAUAGAGAGGUGCUUGCUGUUCCGUAUGGACAGAGAUGAAUGUGUGAAGGCGUUGGCUGAGCAUGCUCGUAUUCGACCUCUUGUAACUCUUACAGUGUGGAAAGAGCUGCUGAAAGAGAACAAGGACUUUUUCCAAGCAUACUUCCAAUCUCUAUCUCUUAGGCCAUACUCAAAUAUAGAUUUGUUCAAAGGACACCAAGAUUUGGACGAAGAAACCAGUGCAAAUACAUAACUAGAAGAAGAUGAAAGAAUUCUAUAAGGAAAUACAUGCAUGUAGCAGUAUUGAAGUGCUGCAUUAGUUAGAAACUCCUAAAUCCGUAAUUAUCUUAUCCCCAAUAAUUUUAUAGUAUUGUUUUUUUUGGAUGAA